CGCGUCCCAAUGCAAAGUCUCAUUGUCCCGCCGCGACCACUGCAACCUGGUGUGCGAGAAAGUUGCAGCAGCCGCAUAGGCUGAUCCUGGCGCGUCCCCUGAGGCGACUUGUCCUCAAUGCGCAGCCUCAUUUCCUCCUCGUGGCCUCCGCGAUGUAAUGCCUCGACGUCGACCGUGCACCACGCAGCGCGCCGACUGUUAAAACCGAGCAGCCAGCGCCGCAUCCUGCUGACCAUUGCCUCCGCCUCCGCCCACGCCCACGCCCGCCCUCUCCACCGCAGUCCCCAUCAGUGGUCCUCUCUCGUCCAUUCCGCCCGCGCCAGUCCGCCGACGGCACCGCGAGCCCCAAUGGCGACACAGGUGCUGCAGAAGCGCACGCACGCCGGUCACUCGCACGCAGGCGGCCAUCAUCACCACCAUCACGGCGACAAUGCCUACCUCACGAGUAAGAAUAGCAAGGACCCGGGUGUCCGCAUCACUCGAAUCGGUCUAUACGUCAAUUUGGGCAUGGCAAUAGCAAAGGGUGCGGGAGGUUACAUCUUCAAUUCGAAAGCUUUGACCGCCGAUGCGGUACAUGCUCUGACGGAUCUCGUCUCCGAUAUUAUGACACUUGCUACAAUCUCCUGGUCAAUACGCCCGGCGACCUCAAGGUUCCCCAUGGGAUACGGCAAGAUCGAGUCCCUCGGCGCUCUAGCCGUGUCGUGCAUUCUCCUUGGUGGUGGGAUUGGCAUAGGACUGCAGGCAGUCCUUGCUUUGAGCCAGCAGUUCUUCCCACAUAUUCACGAAUUUUUGUCACAUCUGGGAUUUUUAGCACAUUCCCACUCGCACGAUCACGCGCACGGGGCGGCAGAGGUUGGGCCCAAUAUCAAUGCUGCGUGGCUUGCGGCGGGAUCCAUUGUGAUCAAAGAAUGGCUAUAUCGAGCGACCAUGAAAGUCGCCAAGGAAAAGCGCAGCAGCGUGCUGUCUAGCAAUGCUUACCACCACAGAGUGGACAGUUUGACGGCAUUCGUCGCUCUCUUCACUAUCGUUGCGAGCCAUUUUCUGGAGAGCGCGCGAUGGCUGGACCCAGUUGGAGGACUGGUCAUCAGUGGGAUGAUCGUACAAGCGGGAUGGGGCAAUACCAUGUCAGCACUCUACGAACUCGCGGAUCGUGGACUCGAAGAGGAGAUCAGGGAGAAGGCCGAGACGACGGCUAGAGGUGCUCUCAAGAAUUACGGACUCGAGCUUCGCGGAUUGCAAGGCAUUAAAUCUGGUCAGAAUCUCAUGUUCGAGCUCGAAGUUGCUGUGCCAAGCGACUGGACUGUAUCGCGGGCCGAUGAAGUGGAGCAAAUUAUUAGGGAUGCGAUUGCACAGAAAGUGAGGGGGACCAAGCGCGUCACGAUCAGGUUCACCACCAGGAACAAUGCACCUUUCGCGGACGAGUUUGUUGCCCGUAGCGAUGAUCCAGAACACGGAGCGGACGAGGACCAUCAUGACCACGACCAUGAUCAUGAUCAUAGCCAUUCGCACGGGAAGGCCAUGAAUGGUUCGACGUCACAGAAGCGAAAGUGAAUAGACCUUUCAGCCUCUAAUCUCGCCUGUUUAAUCAGCAGUGCACACGAAGCGAGGCACAAUAUAGGAAGUCAGCCUCGAAUCGAGCGAUGCCCUCAGCAGAGAGGCGGUAUGCUAGAAUAUUGGCAUUCGCUGUAAAUGACCUUUGCUGCAACAAAGCUCUCCACUGGUCACGAGUUGCUUGGAGCAUGUGGCACAAGCGUUGUCAAUGCAUUAGCUUCGCCAUUUCUGACUCGAGCUUGCGGCGUCUUGCGAUAUGUAUAGUAAAGUACCUCUGUGACGGCCGCGC